UUCUAUUUGCAAUUUUGCCCUUGCUGACAAUUUGAAAGGUCGGCGUGUGCAGUGCUUCAGUACCCACAGUCGUGGACACCACACCGCUCGACCUCAGCACGAGCUCCUCCGCUCAGUUCUGACGCCAAAAGUCGCCACACGACCGUGACGUCAUACCGCGUUAGCCGGUCACGCGUACGCCACCGCGAGCCGCUCCGCCCUCGGAGGUGUUUUCCUCCGCGAGCUCGGCUUUAUGGUUUUUAAAUAAUUGCUAUUUUUGUGAAUUAGUUGGAGUUGUUGAAAACGAAGCGGGCGGGUGACGGCGGCUCCGAGUCCGGGGACGUCGGGAGACGGAAGAAAAAGGCAGCUGGACGAACCCGGUGCCGCUGAAGAGUCUGUCAGUCAGAGUGGGACCGACAUCGUCGACGGCGUAGCUGCGCGCGCUGCCUAAAAGAAACGGCGGAAUUUUUUGUGACAUGAAUAUAUGAACAUUUUGUUCGAGCUGAUAAAGAUGGGCUCGAUUCUCACUCGCAGGAUAGCGGGGGUCGAGGAUAUAGACAUACAGGCCAACUCGGCGUAUAGAUACCCGCCGAAAUCGGGAAACUAUUUUGCCAGUCAUUUUUUCAUGGGAGGCGAGAAGUUUGACACACCACACCCAGAAGGCUAUCUCUUUGGGGAAAACAUGGACCUCAACUUUCUUGGGAACAGACCUGUGCAGUUUCCAUAUGUGACCCCUGCCCCACACGAGCCUGUAAAGACUCUGAGAAGCUUGGUUAACAUUAGGAAGGAUUCUUUGCGCUUGGUCAGGUACAAGGAAGAUGGUGACAGUCCCAUCGAGGAAGAUGGGCAACCCAGGGUGCAGUACGGUGUGGAGUUCACGUUUGACGCCGAUGCUCGCGUAGCCAUUACCCUUUACUGCCAGGCCUAUGAGGAGUUCUCCAACGGAAUGGCCACCUACAACCCGAGGAUUCCAGCCAUGGUCUCCGAAACAGUGCACUACAAGAGAGGAGUGAGCCAGCAGUUCUCGCUCCCGUCCUUCAAAAUCGACUUUUCUGAGUGGAAUGAGGAGGAGCUCAAUUUUGACCUAGACAGAGGAAUCUUUCCCAUGGUCAUCCAGGCUGUGGUGGACGAAGGGGACGAUAGCUUGGGUCAUUCACACGUGCUUUUGGCUGCUUUCGAACGGCAUGUCGACGGCAGUUACUCGGUGAAGCCCUUGAAGCAGAAGCAAGUGGUGGACCGCGUGAGCUACUUGCUGCAGGAGAUCUAUGGCAUCGAAAACAAGAACAACCAAGAAACCAAGCCAUCUGACGAUGAAAACAGCGACAACAGCAGCGAGUGUGUGGUGUGUCUGUCCGACCUGCGCGACACACUCAUCCUGCCCUGCAGACACCUGUGCCUGUGCAACUCUUGCGCUGACACUCUGCGCUAUCAGGCUAACAACUGCCCCAUCUGCAGACUGCCCUUUCGCGCAUUGCUUCAGAUCCGUGCCUUGAAGAAGAAACCGGGGGCACUGUCACCCGUUUCCUUCAGCCCUGUGUUGGCACAGACCAUGGAAAAUGACGACCACUCGGUGGGUACUGGGGAGAGCUCGGACAGUGUCCCUCCGGGCUUUGAGCCCAUUUCCCUCCUGGAGGCCCUCAACGGCCUGCGCUCCACAUCUCCCGCCAUCCCCUCCGCUCCCCUUUAUGAAGAAAUAAACUUCUCAGGGGGCCUCGGUGGCGACCCCUCGCCACUGUCCGGUCGAUCGCUGGGGUCCCCGGAGCACGGCACUGACGUUGGGUCCCAGAAGGGCAAAGUUAGCAAGUCACCCGACAGCACUUUGAAGUCACCAUCGUCCCCCAUCCGAGAAGAGGACGAAGAGAAGAUGUUGGAGGUGUCCGAGGGCCAGCCGUGCCCCUUACUCUCGGGCAGUCCAACUCUGACUGAGACCACAGCAGGAGAAGAACCUGCCGAGUCUGUUACCCUGGACGAAGACGACAGGCCCCGCUCUGUCGGGGACAUCUUCCAGGACUGCGUCAGUGAGCACAGCAGUCUGACCAAGACUGAGAGCGACCCGCCGGUGGAACUGUCCCUCCCAGCCCUUGAGCCUGAAUCCUGCUGUGUUGGCAUUAAGGAUUAACUAUGGGUCCUCGGAGUCAACGGAGAGCCUGAAGAGUCGGAGCACCAAUAGCUCAAGCCAGCCCCUGCUGUGCCCCUCCAGCAGCCUGCACAUUGAGGAUGAGCAUCUGGGGCCGUAGG